UUUGAUGUCUGUAAACUAGUGGCAUCUUUGUCGCGACCUGCACUCCACGUCUUGCGCUACGCUCCAGAGAGUGACAACUUUUUAUGAGAAUUGACGUACAGCUGUCACAUUUUUGAGUGUUUUUGUCCAAGUUCAAAACGAGUUGCACAACUGUGCGAAGUUGCGAGUCCAAGUGACUACUUACUGACUACUAGAGAUUUAAUGGUGCCGACGAGAACCACCAGGCUGAGUACCACGACUGGCGUCUGCAAGGGCUCCAUUAUUGGUGCCGGCAAAAUUCGGAGUUUCUCCACUCUUGGAAAUAUUUUCUUCAAUCUGUGUAAAGCCUGUCAAGCCAAGACGAUGGCCGCGAUCCCCCCGUCCGCCUUUACCGCCGGCCGCAUCCGAGAGACCCAGCGUCGGGACAUGCAGCUAACUACCAACACCAAGAGCAAGGCAGAUACCAAGUUCUUCAACAUGGCAGCAUUCACGGAGCUGUCACCACUGAAGUACAACAGCAAGCUGAUGAACAGCAUCUGGGGGUUCUACAACCGGUACUCGCCGCAUAAUGUGAAGAAAGUGACGGAAGAUUUCGCUUUCCAAGCGGAAUUGCAGCAAUCGGCUGUCAAUUCCGGAAACAGGGCGGGCCCAUUCACUCUCCCCGUAUGUUCCCGCCCCUAGACGAGGCGCGGUUCUCUUUUAACAGCUGUCCAGAUAAAUAGUUUAGUUUUAUACUAUAAUUAAACUUACUUACCAAUAUUUUAAAAAUAAACGUUCAUACACAUUUACUCUGAAA